UGGCCGCGAUGUCGCAGUCUCGAAAAGGCGGCGGCCGAGAUUCAUCUCGCAGCCGCACCUCCCGCGACUCGUACCAGGGACUGGACAGCCCACACGCUGCCUCCACAGGCCACAGCACCCCGUCCAACGCCAGCAGCAGCGCCAGCUCCGACUCCAACACUCCAACUUUACAACUCAACUCGCCUUUUUCCCCCGUGUCACAUUCCAGUCACCAAUCUGGGUGCAUUUCCACCACGUACAACCCAUUCAACAACAUGUCAGGGACCAACCCGCAUCAUCACGGCAGUCAGAGCGUGGGUAACUCACCCAUGACAGGCAAUAGAAUCGUUAAAACUUGGCGCCAGAUGGGUGGUAAAACCAAGUCUAAGACCCGCGAUAUUUUGAAGCGUUGGCAGACCAUGAAUAACGGCCAGGCUUCUGAAGACUCUCUGGCAGGAGGUGAUGACUUGAGUGACGUCACGGAACCUGGGGAUGGAGGCGGCCAUUGCCCAGGAGCUGGAGACUCAUGCAAGAAGAACUCUUGGAGCGUCCAUGUCUGGACAACGUGGGUGAGACGGCCUUACGAAGAAGACGAUUCCGAACAGAUUCCGGAAGGCAAAAACUUCUUGUCCGACUUCCAAGUCGAGAAGUUCACCUAUUAUUUUACGGAUGUUUUUGACCACAACAAAGACCGGGUUAUCACAAUUGAAGACAUCCUAGCCCUCAACGAGCGAAUGCGGCACUACGCGGGCUGGCAUGAGGACAAUGAAUACUUCAUUACAAUGAAAGAAAUUCAUUCUGAUUUCUUUGAGUGUCUACUGGAGCAUGUCGGCAGGAUAGAGCCUGAGUACGGCUUCGAAUUCGACGUUGAUCGAAUCCCAGACCGCGUGCAGAUGUACCAGUGGCUGAACAUGUGGGGCAAUCUCACUCACGGGGCGAAGGCCAUGAUUGACUUCCCCGUGUGGCUGCAAAUACUGCCAAAAAUUCUCUUCAAAGUCAUCAACAGAAGAGACAACGGCGUGAUAUCCUGGGACGAGCUUCGCUGCUUCUACGCCCACUUCAUCAAGCUAAGGGAGGAGCAGGUGACCGAAGUGACGCAUGAAGCGUACAACGCCUUCACCUCCUGCGGAGAUUUCCCACUCACCGAGAACGUCUACUUGAUGUCCUUCGCUAACUUCCUGCUGGGCAAGACACCUCACGGCCCCGGCAAGUACAUCUUCGGCGGCUUCAAAGACUCGGACGUUGGGCAGUUCCAGAUCGACUAUUCCUGCCUACGGGACUCUGAUGAAACUUGAGACGUGAUCGAACUUGAGACGUGAUCGAACUUGAGACGUGAUCGGACUUGAGACGUGAUCGAACUUGAGAUGUGAUCGAACUUUCACAUAAUCUCUACCAAGGCAGAGAUUGUAAUAUUGUAAUCUCUUUCCGAUAUUGGCAUGCAUUCGUAUCAAAUGCACUCGCAUCCGACAAUUGACGAUUAUUUUAUUGAAUCUAAAGUAUUUGAAGCAAUAACUAAUUGCUGGUAUGGAGAUUUAGAAUUCAAUUUCUUUUUUCUUUUGUUAGAUUCCAAUCUCAAAACUUUAGACCGAGCAACCAUUUCUGCACUUUUCUACCAAUUACUCUAUGAAUUAUUAUUGAAAUACAUAGAAAUUAUGGUAUAAAUACCUAGAAUUGAAAACUUUGAAGAAAUAAUCAGAAUUUAAAUACUUUGCAGGAUUCUUACACGACUUUAGAA